GGGAUUGAAACGAUUAACAGUUGGCGCAAGAAAUCAAUAUCAGCGCAAGAAACUGUUGGCUAUCUUUUAUUAAAUUGUAUAUUUCUAGUGAAGCACGCCGCCUUAGUAGGUCUCUCAUCGAAUACUUUUUGUUUUUAUCUGCAUUCCUCGAAAUUAAUUUUUUUAACUUUUCCUAUCCCUUAUAAUUCCGCCAUUCCUAGUUCUUCCGUAUGCGCACUAAAAAUUGUGGCGACUGAGCGGGCCAAGAUAGUCCAAUGAAUUUCAAAUGAAGUUGGGGCGAGUUGGAUCCUGUUCCAAAGAAAACCGGUACAACUACGGCUCUGCGCAACUUUCACGACAAAAGAAAUCAGUGAGCUUAAUACCGCCCGAAGGAACCAGAAGAAUUUCAAGAUAGGCGACUAUGACCCCAUCAGCUGUACGCCAAACAAUGCCAAUGCUUUUGUACUUGCCAAAUAGGAAUACGUACUCGUAAUUUAUCUACUUCCAUGUUAGGGCAGGGAUUAAUGUAAAGAUUGCUCUGAACCCUUCUGGGUGCAGUCUCUAGUCCGCCUAGAAAUAUACCUAUAUAUUUAAUUACUUAUUUAACCGAUUUAAUCCGUGGAACCUUCACCACCCAUUUUCGAGCUGGCAAAGCAUUACCCUCCUCACGAGCAAGUCGAAAUCAAUCCCGAAAUAGUCGGGAGACUCCUUCUUGUAUUGAACCCUAACUCCGCACAGGGUCCUGAUCGACUUCACCCGUCAUUCCUCAAGAUGCUAGCAGCAAACAUUGCUAAGCCGAUACCUCAAGUUUUCUGACCUUCGCUUGCAGACGGACGCAUACCACCUGGCUGGAAAGUAGGAUUGUAAUACCUAAGUACAAAGUGAAAACCGGCACGAUCCUGCAAAAGAUCGACCGAUAUGCCUGAUGUCUGUAAUUUGCAAGCUCAUGGAACGGAUCAUCAAGCACGCCCUCCAAACCCACUGCGAAUGCCUGUGUGCCAUCUCCACCGCUCAGCACAGAUGCCGCAGGGCGCGCUCCUGCACCCCUAACCUGCUGAUUGCCAGAAAAACGUGGGUCAAAACGGUAGAGGAUCGGAGACUCCUAGAUGUUCUCUACAUUGACUUCAGCAUAUUCUUUGACAAAGUCCCACAUAAAUGACUUCUGCUCCAAGUCCAGGGACUUGGCGUCACCAGGAACGUCCUUGCAUGGGUUGCGGACUUCUUGAGAGAUCGGACAAUUCAAGUGGAGGUGGACCCACCGCUGUCUGGCUCUAUGUAGUUGACAAGCGGUAUCCCACAAGGCACCGACCUUGAACCGGAACAUUUCAGGCUCUAUAUUAAUGACCUUUCUGCAGAUCUUCAAGCGGACUGCUUGGUCUACGCUGAUGACCUUAUUCUAUUGUAAAAAGUACCUAGUCUUGUGGACGCGGACACACUCCAAACGGCGCUGGACCAGUUGCACGAAUGGCUCGUCAAGUGGCAGUUACCCGUUAACCACGACAAAUGUGCUGUUCUUCCGAUCGGUAAUCCGGGUUCAUACGGUGUAUACCACAUUUGUGAAUAUCUCCUCAAGGAUGUUCUCCACGAGAAGGAUGUGGAGGUUAUCUUGUCAUAUUACCUUAAAACUUCCCAAAACAAGUUGAGAAAGGUCACGGCCGCAAACAGGAUGCUGAAUGCUCUACGCAGGGCUUUCUCCAGUACUACUCAGGCAAUUUUUGGCAUUCUGUUCCCAUUACAUAUCCGCCUAUCCGUUGCAGGUAGCUCAGCUGCCAUGCAAAUGUUGUAUCUAUUUUUUCUUUGUGCAGCUGCAUUAUAUGUCCCUCAAGCAAACCUCCAAACCACCCACUGCCUUGUGGGUCAGGCUAUUGAGCCAAAGGCUCCGGGUGGAGUCCCUCAAGCAAACCUCCGAAGCACAACGACCACCUUGCGUGCGAUUGCCCACCAAUGCAAUCGUAUGCCUGCGCGCAAAGCAAUCAGCAUCGGGUGCUGGAACGUGCGCACACUACUGGACCGGAACUCCAGCGAGCGCCCGGAGCGAAGCACUGCACUGGUCGCGAUGGAGCUGGCGCGCUACCACAUCGAUAUUGCGGCGCUCAGUGAAACUCGGCUCGCUGAGCAAAGUAAGUUACAUGAAGCAGGUGCUGGCUACACAUUCUACUGGGUGGGGAACGCCGCCUCAGCACCACGUGAACAUGGGGUCGGAUUUGCAAUAUCCGAUCGCCUCCAUGGCCAGUUGGUGGGUGAACCAACGGGCAUCAGCGCGCGACUGAUGACUGUUCGCCUACGACUCGGAAGAGGUAAGUUUGCUACUUUUAUAAGCACGUACAGUCCGACAAUGUGUUAUCCUGAUGACACGCGUGAUCAGUUCUACACUGAGCUAUCCUCCGUGAUACGGUCUGUGCCGAGGAGUGACCGACUAUUUCUGCUGGGUGACUUCAACGCGCGCGUUGGGCGUGAUGCAUCAGCGUGGACAGAUGUUAUCGGUGCGCAUGGCAUUGGUUCAGCGAAUGCGAACGGUGACAGGCUGCUCUCACUGUGUGCCACUCACGGCCUGACGAUCACGAACACUCGGUUUGCACUGAGUGCGAGUGAUAUAGCAACUUGGACGCACCCACGGAGUGGUCACGCUCACCUGCUCGACUAUGUCAUCGUACGUCAGCGUGAUAUGCGUGAAGUGCGCAUGACACGUGUACUGCAUGGAGCUGAGUGUAGCACUGGUCACAAGUUGGUUGGGACCAAACUGUACAUAUAUUUUCGUAAAUCGAUGUAUUGCACUCCCGCCGUGAAUCGGCGUAAAUUUAACAUUCUCUCCCUCGGUACCGGGGCGAAACGUACUGAGCUGGAGAAGGCGAUGGCUGCACGCCUGUGUGGUGAUGUGGACUGCAUAGCCACAGUGGGCGACCUGUGGCACCACAUUCGCGACCAGGUGACAGCUGCUGCCGAGGAGACCAUCGGGCGCGCAAACUGUAAACGGCCUGAUUGGUUUGAUGACAACAAUGUGACGAUUGGCGCAUUGGUGUCGGAGAAGAAUGCAGCAUUUGCUGCACAUGUUGCAGAUCCCAGUGACUUGGGGAAGAGGAGUCAGUUUCGCAAACUUCGACAGCGACUGACCCGAGAGCUCCGUCGCAUUAAAAAUGCAUGGUGGACGGAGAAGGCAAAGCAGAUGGAAUGCUACGCCGAACGCCGCCAACACGAGGAAUUCUUUGACUCCUUGAACGCGGUGUGUGGACCGAGAUUGGAGCCGCUGAGGACACUGAUCGAUGGUAGUUCAGGCGCUACCUGCACCCAGACUGCAGACAUAAUGCAGGUUUGACGGAAACACUUUGACUGUCUCUUGAACAACCGUUCAGAGAUCGACUGGCCUACAUUGAACGGCCUCAAGCAGCACGAUGUGAAGGCGGAUCUGGCGGAUACGCCGACACUGGAUGAGACGCAGAGAGCACUUGCUCAGCUGCGAAACGGCAAAUGUGCCGGAGGUGACGGGAUCCCACCUGAAGUAUUGAAACACGGUGGACCCGUGUUGUUGACUGCACUGCACCACUUGGUGAAACGCGUGUGGAUUGAGAAGGAGGUGCCUGCUGAGCUGAAGGAUGCCCUUGUGCUACCACUGUACAAGGGCAAAGGGAGCAAGCAAUGUUGCACGAAUUAUCGUGGCAUCAACUUGCUGAGUUGUGUGGGCAAGGUGAUUGCCCGAAUCCUGCUCAAUCGCC